AUGUCAUCUGCUGGUGUCUUGUUGGUUUUCUCGAAACCGAAGGCUGGUUUUGACGAGGACAAUUACAAUAAAUGGUACUCUAAGUUCCAUAUCCAGGAUGUCGUUGCAUCUGGGCUGUCGGAUCUGGCGGUUCGCUACAAGAACGUGAAGUCCGACGCGAAAUGGCCGUACUUGUGCUUGUACCGGCUGCCUGAUGUCGCCAAGAUGCAGGACCACGCCGUCCUUGGUUCCAUUCCAGUCAAUCAUGAGUUGCUCCCCGGUGGUGGACCCUGGCAAGAUCACUUGGAGACUGACAUGCGGGUUUUCACGUUGCUGGACAAGUAUGAUGGUCGGGAUUCUAUGGAUGGACCAAGAGGCAAAGCGCUUCGAACCGUAUCCAUGGAGCCUGGAGAGGGUAAUGAUGAGGAGCUUAAUGAUUGGUACCUCAAAGAACAUUAUGAAAAGCUCUCCAAUGUCCCUGGGUAUCGACGAUCAACCCGCUACAAGCUUGCCGACACAAAGAACGAGGAUGGAUAUCCACGAUUUUUGAGUCUCCAUGAGUUCGACUCUGUAGACAUUCCAAGCGCCAGUCUGAAGGCUACGACGGAGACGGAAUGGGGUCAGAAAAUUUUCAGCUCUCUGAAGAGCGUUGGGUUGGACGCGUGGCAGGAAAUUGCUGCAACCGGGGCGACGGAGACAAAACUGUGA